AUAGGGGUCGGGGCAGGUUCAUGGGUCGGGCCCCAACGCGGCUGGGGGCCUGUUCCGCCGCCUCAGGCUAGGCGUUGGCACCCCCUAGCCCGAGGAAUGGCAACGUGUGCUGGGUGGUUGUUUUCUCCUGCGCUGGGGGCCAACCAGCUUAUGUGGCUUUUGUGUGACUGGGGAUGUUUGGAGGCGGCGGGGAGAUUUCUGACACUGACCGUCAAUAGGAAACACUCGUCUAAAUGGUAGCGUCUAUCCCCCCGUACUACCAGGGGCCUCUUCUUAACACCUUUCAUAAUGGUUGGAUUGCCUCCGACAUUGAUCUUGAAAUUGUGGAAGACUAUGCUGGAAGAUGGCAGGUUCCUUUGCCUCAGCUUCAGGUGCUUCAGACAGCUCUUUGUUGUUUCACGUCUGCCUGUGUAUCAUUCCCAGCUGAAUGUGAGCACGUACAAUAUGUUUUGAGUAGCCUAGCUUUGAGUUUUUUUGAAUUGCUGCUGUUCUUUGGAAAAGAUGAAUUCUAUGAAGAUCCUUUAAAAGAUAUUCUAGGUUCAAUCCAGGAAUGCCAAAACCUCCUAAGCAGAUAUGGAAAUGUGAACCUGGAAUUAGUGACUCGAAUUAUCAGAGAUGGAGGGCCAUGGGAAGAUCCAGUAUUACAAGCAGUUCUUAAAGCAAAGCCUGUAUCUCAGGAGUUAGUUAACAAAUAUUUAAGCUCUGAAAAUCCACUAUUCUUUGAACUACGUGCCAGAUACCUUAUUGCCUGCGAACGCAUCCCAGAGGCAAUGGCUUUUAUCAAAUCUUGCAUAAAUCAUCCAGAAAUCAGUAAAGAUUUGUAUUUCCAUCAAGCUUUUUUCACCUGUCUUUAUAUGUCUCCAGUAGAAGAUCAGCUAUUCCAGGAGCACUUAUUGAGGACUGAUUGCAAGAGUGGAAUUGAGAUCAUCUGCAACACUGAAAAAGAAGGGAAGACUACCUUAGCCUUACAGCUGUGUGAAUCGUUCCUGGUCCCACAGCUCCAAAAUGGGGACAUGUAUUGUAUCUGGGACCUGAUAUUUAUGUGGAGUAAACUGCAGCUUAAAUCUAACCCUUCGAAACAAGUAUUUGUUGAUCAGUGCUACCAGCUUUUAAGGAUAGCUACAAAUGUCAGAGUAAUUUUCCCUUUCAUGAAAGUCAUUAAGGAUGAAGUUGGAGACGAUGGUUUGCAGAUUUGUGUUGAAAUAUGUGGCUGUGCUCUGCAGUUGGACCUUCGUGACGAUCCAAUUAUGAAAUGUCUCAUAUAUAAAACGAUUGCUCAUUUUUUGCCAAAUGACUUGGAGAUACUCAGAAUUUGUGCGCUUUCUAUUUUUUUUCUUGAGCGCACCUUAGAAUCAUAUUACACUGUUGAACAUCUAUAUAAAUGUGCAGAUGAAGAGUAUAAUGAGCACACUAGUUCUGUUCAGAACCGUGUACGUUUUGAGUUGCUUCCAAUUUUGAAGAAAGGUUUGUUUUUUGAUCCUGAGUUUUGGAAUUUUUUGAUGAUCAAGCAGAAUUGUUUGUCACUGUUGAGGGACAAAGCAUCUGUUGGCUUAGGUGCAAGUACACUGGAAAAUUCUGUUGCUAAUACAGAGAAGCCGAUGGAACGUCAGGCUUUGAGUGAAGAAAUCUCUUUAACAGAUCUAAGUAAUGGGGAACUUGACCCUGAAGACCCCUCUGAAGACCAAUCUAAUGGUCAUGCCAGAAAGAACCAUGUAGCUCUUGCAGCAUCUAAAAUAGAUCAUAAUGUACCAAGACACCGUUGUGCAUUAUGCAACAGGGAAUUUCUUGGUGGUCACAUUGUGAGGCAUGCACAGGCUCACCAGAAAAAAGGCAGUUUUUCAUGUGUAAUAUGCUGUAGGAAAUUCAGGCAAAGAGGAAUCAUGCUGAAGCACUUAAGGAAUCAUGUCAAGAAAAUACAAAGACAGCAUCUUGCUGCUACCCAUCAUGAUGAUCAGGAAACCCCUGCUUUAAAUGAAGUAAAUUGCUCUCAUGCGUCAGUCUCUUUUGAAAAUGGGAAUUCUAACAGUUCUAAAGGUAAUGAAUCAGAGGUUGCAGUAGUUCCAAGUACUGAUAUGGAACUACAAAACCAUGACCAGGAAUUGGAUGUGGCUGAAAAUCAUGUAAGCCAACAGGAUAAUGUUGUUGAAAACGGUAGUUGUGACAGCUGUUUAAAUAAUACUCCUGAGCCUUUAACUACAGAGGGUUUGGCUGAGGGUGGCAGUAGCCCAAGUCAAGAGUCUCCUAUACUUCAUAAAGUAAAUGGAGCUUUGUGCUCUCAAAAGGAUCCGGAUGUUAUGGAUCAAGAAGGUAACUUCAAGUGCCCUGCCAACAGUUGCAUUAGAGUGUUUAAAAAGAUAAGAUUUCUCAAUAAACAUGCAAGAAAAGCUCACCCAGCUGAUCUGAAGGUGCAGCAGCAUAUAAUGAAGUGGAAUAAAGGAAAAUGUCGGUUCUGUCAGAGAAAGUUUGCAGAUUCUCAGCAUUUCAUAGACCACCUGAAGCGACACGUAUAUCCAAAUGUUUACUUUUGUUUACAUUUUAACUGUAAUCAGAGAUUUAAGCUGUCCACUGAGCUUGCAGAGCAUACGAAAAGUCACAGUGUUUUUAAAGCUCAGUGCAAUUUUGCAGAGUGCUGCGAGCUUUUUGAAGAGCUUCCUUUGCUGUAUGAACAUGAGGCUCAGCAUUAUUUAAACAAAACGGAGUGUUCUGAAAUAAAUGAAAAAAAUUUGUCAGAUACUCUAUCGGAGUCGCUUUGUGGUUUUCAAGAAAAAGAUGCUUCUAGUAGCGAAAAAGAAGCUGUAGAUUUACCAGUUCCAACUUGGAAGGCAAGGAAAGACUCUACAGAACCAAAGACAUAUAUCCAGAGUAUUGAGAAGAAAGCAUACAAUGUAACUCAGAAUGGGAGUGAAAAUUCAUCUGUUACUGCUACAGUUUUAAGCUUGAUAGACCAAAAGAUGCCUAUAGUACAGCCAAAAACUGAAAACUGUAAUGUUCGUGACCAACUGGUCAAUGGGCACAUUGAACUGGAGCAGACGUGUUCAGCUUCAUCAGAUGCAGCUUUGGACAGAGUGGCAGAUGAAACAAGGACAGAAAAUGGGUCAAUACCUGUUUUACAGAACAGCAAUGAUGUACCACAAAACAAUACUGCUGCAGUCUCUCAGUCACCUUCGAAACCAAAUCAGACAACUGAAAAUACUUCAUAUGGCUUAAUUGUGACAAAACCAUAUGUUAGACCGUUGCCUCCAAGUUACCUUGAUGAACGAUACAUUAGCAUGCCAAAACGUAGAAAAACUUUAACUGAUAAAAUAGAUUCCCAUUCUGAGCAAGAUAAAGCUUGUAGCAAAUCAACAGAAAGAUUUAGAUGUGGGAACUGCCUGACCACCUACUGUAACUCAGAAGCACUUGAGGCUCACCUUGCACAAAAGAAAUGUCAGACGCUGUUUGGAUUUGAUUCAGAUGAUGAAAGUGCCUGAUUAAAUGUUGUGGGAAGAUGAUUCAACUGAGGAGUGGUGUGAGAAAACACUACAUGAAGAAGCAUCAGUUUGCUGUUUCCCAGAUGGCCUUAAUCAUAAAGCAGACUCAAAUUACUAAAGAAAAAUGUGACCUUGAUAAAAGACAAAGCACAUUUUCUAGCUAGAACUCAGAGGACUAGUAGGAGCUGUGCAGGUUUUGAGUCCCGAAAGGUUGCUACAAACUCCCCAAAGUACCAGUUAUCCAGAAAGCCCAUGAAUUCCCAGUGUAUGAUCAAAGAACAGCAGCAGAGUGUGUCUGACAUAAGCUCUUAAGAAAAAUAAAACACUCAGCUGAGCAGGCAGAGAAGAGGAGUGGCUGUUGCCUUAGAGAAAGAAACACCACUGUAACCUGUGCCACUGGAUUAAAAAGAUGUAAUAAGAGAAACCCUUCCUAUCCCUGCAAGUUGAAAGGGACUUGCUCCACAUUAUUAAGAAGAUUUAAUUUACAGAGACGUUACAUUUAUGUUCAUGGUAUGGAUAAAAAUCUGAUGGAGGAAAUGGACAUUUUUUUCAAACUUUGUGUCUUUAACAAAAAAUCAUGGAGGUCAUUUAAUAAACUUGCGUUCAGAAUCCAAAAUGAAGAGUGUAGAGAAGUCUAAAAUGGACAGUGUGUACCAAUAGCCAAAAAGUUAAAGUACAGAAUAUACAAUGAAAAUUGUAUCAACAGUCUGAUAUUAGAUAUGUCUGCUGUACAAGACACAAUUCAGAUGCACUUAAAAGCCCACUUAAAGUAUAGGACAAAACUACACAUACUGAUUUUAUGGAAAUGUUAAAUAAAAAGUCCCUUACAGACACUGAGGCUAUGUCUUCACUACCGGCCAUAUCGGUGGGUAGCAAUAGAUUUCUCGGGCAUCGAUAUAUCACAUCUCAUCUAGACUUGAUAUAUCGAUCCCCGAACAAGCUCCUGUCGACUCCGGAACUCCACCAAUGCGAACAGCGGUAGCGGAGUCGAUGGGGAGCCGUGGACGUCGAUCCCGUGCCGUGAGGACGGUAGAUAACUCGAUCUAAGAUACUCUCACUUCAGCUACGCUAUUCACAUAGCUGAAGUUGCGUACUUUAGAUUGGUUUCGCCCCCUAGUGUAGACCAGCCCUGAGAUAUUUAACACAAGUAAUGUGUACAGCAGCUGCUGGGGCUAACAUGUACAGAUUGAGGCUAAAAAAUAAAUGUAUGCACGGAGUGAAGAAAGGUGAAUUUGAGCUGGAGUAUAAUGCUAAAAUAUCCAAAUAUAAAGAUCCUUCAGUUCUUAGUAUGACUGAUAGGAAAGCAUCUCUGUUCAAUUCUGUCCAUGAAAAAUGUGAAUUAAAUGAAGAUAGAACAACAGAAGACAAAGCAAAGAAUGUCAGUUAUUAGCAAAAAUAGAUCAGGAAGAAACUCAGCAUCCUGCAGUGAUGCAGCACUGAGUUUUGAUUUACCAAGUAAUGCUCUAUCAUGUAAAGGAGGAAUGGGAAAAUGUUAACAGGUCAACCUUAAAACACAGUACAGCCAGCAGUAGCAGUCUCUCUGAAAAAGGUGGUUGUCCUUAUCAGAAACGAAUGCAAAAGCUCAGCAAUGUAAAGCAAAGUUUGGCCAGCAAAAGAUUGCUGGUAAAAGUGACAUCCAGAAUUAGUCUGUAAGGAUGGAAAGUUUCAAUGUCGCCUCUAUGUAACAGGCAUAAAGACAUACACAACAAAAAGGCAUUCCUGAGUUUUACUCAUGAGGGUAUUGUGCAUCAAAAAUUAAAUUCUGUGCCAAAAAAUUAAGAAUUCCACACACAAUGUUAAAAUUCUGCAAAUUUUAUUUGUGAAAUAAAUGUGGAGGCUCCAGCAUGGCAUUGGAGAGCACAGGAAAUGGUAGAUCACUGUGAAGCUCCCCUUCCACCCCACGCUACGGACUCGGCAAUGAGGCUGCACCCAUCCCUAACACAGUGCAAGGACAGGACUUGCCCUAGAAAUAGCCCAGAGUCCUGCCCCUCCAUGCCAGGUGCACCAGGUGUGGGCAGGCAGACUUGGCAAGGCAGGAUCCAAGUGUGGAGGGGCUUAGUGUGGGGGAAUCCAGGUUUGGGUUGAGAGAUUUCUCUGUGGGGCGAUUUGAGUGCGGGCAGCUCAGUGGGGGAUCUGGGUGUGGGAGAGACCUGGAUGCAGAGGGGCUUCUUGGAGGGGGGGGGGGUUUGGCAACGGUAAUGGGUUUCUGCAGAGGGAGUCCAGGUGAAGGUGGUUGGGGUUCAGUGCGGGGGGAAUCUCAGUGGGGGCUCUUGGUGUGGCUUAACGGGGGAUCCAGAUGCUGGGGGACUGGAGCUCAGUGGGGUAGGGAUCCACGAGCAGCUGCUUGGGGCUUGGUAGGGUGAGAUUUCAGGUGUUGGUGUUUCGUCGAGGUUGUCCAGGUGCAGAGGGAGUGGGUUUUGGGUGAGUAGGUGGGGGGUGAGGCUCAGCAGGAGGGUCUGAGAGGGUCUGGAUGCAAGGGAGUGGUGUGGAUUGGGGAGCAGCAGCUCCCUGUACAGUUAACCCUCCCCCCUGCAGCUGAGGAGCGAUGGGUGCCGGAAGCGUGAAGGAGUGAAUUUUCAGAGCUUUCUACAGCCCGGGGAGAAAUUGGAGUGGGUCUGACACAGCCCCAGAUGCUAUGCAGAGGAAGAGGAAGUCCCAUCCUCCCCAGCCCAGCUGGGACUAGCAGCUAAACCCGGCACAGGGUAGGUGUCAUCAGCUGGGUUUUCCCCAGUCCUGGCUCUGGCCCUCCAGUGAUUUACUUUCUGCUAGCUUCCCUGGGCACCCGAAACAUAUUGCUAGGCAGGGUCUCAUGAUUGCUCUUGUAGCUUCCCUGUCAGAAAAUCAUUUUUUCUGUAGGGAAGCAAAAAAAUCUGCAGGGGACAUAAAUUCUGCGCAUGCACAGAGGCGCAGAAUUCCCCCAGGAGUAGAGUUUUCAUCAACAGAGAAUGUUGCAAGUGCUCAGAUUUUCAACUACAAUGAAAAAUUACCCACUAACAAUACUACCUUGUUUUGUAGAUCAUACAAACUACAUUUAUUUCGGACCCUGCUUGGUGCUGUAGGCUAGAUGCUUGGGUACGUUCAGAGGCAGCAGGUGUGGUUGAUAACAGUGGCAUGAGUCAAAUUUUCACAGUUAUCUAGGACAACACAGAAGGGCUUUCUCAGCUCAAUUAGUUUGCUCAUUGAAUGAUUCAUCACAACGUGUGUACAGUAUAGUAAGGCAGUCAGUUUGCUUACUCAACAGAUUAUGUAAGAAUUGAUACCGGUUAAAAAUAUGGAUACAGGAUCUGUUCAUUGUAGCAACAACUGACAUUUGCAAACAGAGAAAGGUUUCAUUGUAAAGUAGGCUGUUAACUAUUUCCGGCACUUAAAACACUAUAGUUGAAAAAUGACUCUGCUAGUAAUCCUCUGUAAAAUCAAAUAGAUGUUCAUGUAACUUCUCCCUCCUCUUCCCCUCGCUUAGGGAAAAAAAGAAUGCUAACUCAGAUUCUUACUACUUCAGUCCUAGAAAAUGCUUCUCUAACUUGGAUUUGGCCAAAAGUAAAAGGGUAUAAAAUUAUGAUCACAGCUAUGUGCGCAUUACAUUAAUACCAAUGUCUGGGGCGCUUCUAGAAAGAUCUGCAUGACAUUUGAGGCACCAAAGAACACAUUUUCUGCUUUAUAUUUACAAGAUAAAGUACAUCGUGUGUAAAAUUUAUUAGCUUUUUAAAUAAAUGAAACUAAGGGAGCAAGUCAGUCAAAUGCAUUUCCAUACUUCCACUUAUCUACUGUGAAAUUUUUACCCAACUAACUUUUAAGAGCCUGGUUAUCUUCUUCAGAAUAUUCCCAGGCUCCCCUUUGUUUUUUACCUUCAGUUUUAGUCUAGUUAAAUUGCUUAAAUCUGGAAAAAAUAAAGGUUAUUUUAGAGUCUUACGUUAUAAAAACUUGAAAACUGGUCAGUAGAUAUGAAAAAAAAACGUAUUAAAUCUUUAAGUGUACUUAAUCUUUGAUGCUUUUUUGUUGGUACUAAAGUGCCACGUGUUGCUUCAAAAACAUGAUUGGGAUUUGUAUUUUCUUGAUUUAAAGUGUAGCUUUUGGGCAUCUAUGUACAUGCAUAAAACUGUGACCAUAAUUUUUCUACCUGUUGAACUCAUUUUUUGUUUAAAGAUGCUUGUGUUGCUCACAACCGUCUGUUUAUAUCAGGUGUUCAGUAUAUAUAAUUUUGAAAAAUCUAGAUUUUAUUUCACUUAGGUGAACACUUAAAGUAAGUGGCAGGUAACAUUUUGAAGUACAGAUUUUAGUUCAAGACAUGUAGUUGUCCCUUCUGUAAAAUGUUACCUGUUGGCAUACUCAGUUGAAGUAUUAAGUAACUAUAAUUUGAAAAUAAAAUAUAUUUCUAAUGUGUGGGAUAUUAUACAUGGUUUAUAGGAUUCAGAGACAUUUAAGACACCAUCCUAAAUUGAGUUGGCAAUUUUUAGAGUUUAAAAAAGUUCCAAAUCUAGGAUUUGUUUUUUUCCAAGACUAAGUGUCAGAUUGUGUAACUUAAAAUACACUUACUCCAACAUUGAUAUAUGGUUUUGAUCCAGCAAAGAAUAUGUGUAAAUUUAAGCAUGCAAAUAGUCCCAUUGAAGUUAAUGGCAGUAUUGAUGUGCUUAGUUUAUUCAUGCACCAAAGUGCUUUGCUGGAUCAAGGUCUGUGUGCUUUUUGUGCAGAUUAUCAUAUUUUAAUCAUCUUCCUCCAAGUGGACUUAACUUGGUUUGACUUGGUGGUUGGUUUUCUAGAGCUCAUCUGUUACUACUUGAACCCACUCCAUUAUAAAGAUCAUGUAAAUUCUAAUUUUCAAAAGUUGCUGCUUGAUAGGCACCCUCCACAAAUUGUGCUAAGUAGGUUGAAAAUGGUCAUAUCCGUGGGGAAAGGUUACUGGUACUUGGGUUAUUUAGCCAUAUUCAUUAAAAAAAACAAACUAUAAAUUGUAUAGUUUGGAUAAUUUAUAACAUUAAAUUUGUGAUUUUAAUAUCACAGUGAAGGUUCAGCUGUACUCAUUUACUUUUCUUGUUUAACAUCAGUGGUAUGGAUGGAAGACUUAAAGGGGUAGUAGUGUUGUUUUUUUAAUUUAUUUGGUACUGUAUAACACCUUUCUGACUAAAUGCAGUGUAUGCAUUUUGGGACUCUGUUAAUUUGUAAAAGCUAUUAAAGGUUCAGCAAGAAAGGAAAUCAGUGCUUCCUUGUUGAAUGUUAAAUUAUUUUACUUUUCAUUUAUAUAAGAGUACAAAUUAAAACUGAGCCAUCAAACUGCAAUAAAUCAACAGUAGUGUUUCAUUUUAAAAACCUUUUUGUACUGUACAUAGAUUUGUUCAAUAAAACAUUGUCUUUGUUGUUAAUAUAAA